GUAGAAACAUCUCCAUACGGCGUGAGUGCCAAUCUGGUAACUAAGCGGUGAAUACAGAGUAUGUGGCAUGCUAUAUCCUUGUGAUGGGCUAUUCAGUCCCUGCAUCCCGGCAGAGAGAAAGGCUAAAUUUGACAAGUAGGUUACGUUGUACUCGGUUGCUGUCUCCUGAUGAUUGGUAUGUGAAUGCAAGUUGAGCCAGCAGCGCCUUUUCCUCGUCCUGUUUUUGAUGAACCGUUCAUCUAGACCAGAGCGCGUUCUAGUAUCAGGCAGGCACAAGUCGAUCCUGCACCCAACCUUCGAUGAUCGGGUCCUACGGACAUUUUCAGAAGAGAAAUCUGCGAUACUACGAUUUGGGUGUUCCUGGCUUACAUCGUGCGACAGGGUCCUUUGUGCGGAUUUGCGGAGCUUUGCCCGAAAUCUCGACUCAGACUAGGGUCUUUCAAGGUCAAUGACAUCAAGACUUUUUGAUCACACCCACUACUGGUAUUUGACCGAGGACAACUGACCGGCGGGAUUUUCUUCGUCUGACCCCGGGUUGAGAACCCUGGAAUCCCUGAUUUUAAGGAUCGCGCUCAAGAGACCGAUGGAGAUGCCUGCAGAAAGGAAACGAACGACAGCCCCAGAGGAUAGUUCCGACCGUGGAAUAGGCAGACGACUUCCCAGCUAUUGACGGGCCUUUUGGAAUCCACUGCCGCGCAUCCGACUAGAAAUGCAUAGAGACCAUGAAGAGGGGCUGGGUUGCUUGCAUUGGACACGUUCCUGGCGCCGGCUGCCACCACCCUGCAUGUCUCAUUUGGAUGGACAGCAACCAACGCGGGUGCCAAUUUCAGGUGUGGUGUGAGGUCCUGUCUCUUUUUCUUCUCCCAUCCUACAGGCUACAGCCCUUGAAGGCGCAGGUCAACAAGCCCAGAUGAAGUGACACACCAGCCCUUGCCUCGAUUGCCUCGAUUGCUGAAACAGCGGGACAGAUAAGAACCAGAGGCUCGUGGGUGUCGGGGUGGUAGUCCGUGCACACGGGAGCCAAGCCCGUCUUAUCGAUAGUCAAUCUUAUCGAAACUUCUUAUCAAUGGUUAAUUGGAUUCGCGUUGUUGGAGAGCGGCGGACGCGUCUUGGUACCUAAUCAAAGAAGUCGCAUCGUUCAGUAAAAGUGCACUGAUCAACAGCUCGGAACGAUCGCCAAUUACACAAAGUAGCCCAAAAUGUCGAAAGCAAUUCUCUCCAUUCAGUCAAACGACUCUGGAAGGACCAAAAAGGCAGUCGCCAAUCUGCUGCCGUGUCGAAUUCACCACGAUGGACCUGUCGGCGAUGCCAAUUACUUUUGGAACCCUGAUCAGUCUGAAGAAGGAAAACCAGUCGCAUACUUCCGCGGGAGAAAACUGCACGGCACGACUGUCAAGCUACCAGAACAAUACCGAGGCAUCGUGAUGGAGAAGAGCGAUAAGGUCGAGAUCCAGCAGCUCGAAGGCGAGGCAGAAGAAGCGCAGGGCGAUCUGGUUGAGCUGGGCACCAUGGACGUCAAGGCCGAGUUUGACGAAAUGGUUAUUUGGGGCCACGAGUCGAGCGCCGAUGCGGCGUCAGAUCCUUAUGUGAGAAGUAUCGAAGAAUGGUUGGCUGCGGCUGAAUCGAUACACUCGUACCCUUCGCCGGAGACUAAGACUGGCGCAUAAUCGGGUGAAGGACUCUCAGCGUUCUGCUAAAGGGAAGUGCCACCUGGGAUUUCUGGGUGUAUUGGGUAUUGCAUGGUUUAGGCGUUAUAGAAGUUGUGUAGAUCGGCAUGAACAUCAAAAACCUCACUUGUGAUUGUAUGCUGGCGCGUUUCGGCUUUAGUUUUUCAACCAACCCUUUCUCUGUCCAUGCUGAGGAUCGCGAGUUUCGCAGCAUGGGAGGGUGUUCC